GUAUGUACAACUAUUAGUGUUGGUAAAAAUAAGCUACGGGCAGACGAAGUGGAAUUUGUGUAAAUAAUAAUAUAUUAAAAUGUGAAUGUGUAAUAUUGAAUGCUGUAAGUCUCGCAAAACGCACAAUACCACGAAGCAGCAAACGUUUCCUUAGUGAGUUAAACUACGUUCAACCAUUGGCCGUCGCACUUUUAACCUGUCGCGCCGCCUCCACCGCUUGCUGCCACAAAAACAAAUCUUUCGCUUUUGAUAGAUAGCGGCUUUGUUGAAGAGGAGACUUUGGUGGCACAGAGCAUAUUCAGGACAUGCAAAGAGCAUUUCACAUUGCGGUGUGGCCUACGUUACCUCUUCAAGAUGUCAUUGGCCGUCUCGUUACGCCGUGCGUUGCUGGUGCUUCUCUCAGGAGCCAUAUUCAUACUGACAGUUUUGUAUUGGAAUCAGGGCGUGAUCAAGACACAAGCCUACAGCGAAGCACAGCCGCGGCUACACGUUCAAAGGGAUCGCAAUAUUGAUCCCAUACCGUUGGAAAAGUCAUGGACCUAUAAAUGCGACCAUGAUAGAUGUGUACGCGUUAAUUAUCACAAGAACGAAGACAACGCAAAGCGUGUCUCCUUCAUCAGCUGCUCAAUGACUUGUGGAGAUAUCAAUAUUUGGCCACAUCCCACUUCCAAGUCUCUGGUCAGUGCUCACACACUGCGCUUCUCCGUGGAAGAUGUACAUCUGCGCUUAGAUUCACCGCAUCGCGACGUGCGCAAACAGCUUAAAUUGGCCUUUGAUUGGUUUAUUAAGGAAUUGCGACAAAUACAGCGAUUGGAUUAUGCAUCGCAUACAGAUGAGAUAUCAAUGGCAGCAGCAUCAGUCAGCGAGCCCUCGUUCAGGUUGGGGCUACACAAAACAGACACAGACGUGGCAGAAUCCCCACUGGCUGGAUCGCUCUUUAGCGCCACUUUUGGAUCACAUCGCGUUGGCGAUUUGGAUAGUCUGCAGGUGAAGCUAUCAGUGCAUGGGUCAGAUCAGCUAAACUUUAAUCUGGACAAUGACGAAAGUUAUAAAUUAAGCACAACUUAUGAGCAUCGGCGUAUAUUGGUGCACAUCACAGCGCAAACUUUUUUUGGUGCACGUCACGGACUGUCUACGCUACAGCAACUCAUUUGGUAUGACGAUGAGGAGCGUCUGCUGCGCACCUAUGUUAGCUCGCUGAUCAACGAUGAGCCUAAGUUUCGAUAUCGCGGCCUAAUGCUCGAUACAUCUCGGCAUUUCUUCUCCGUGGAUGCCAUUAAACGCACCAUUUCGGCGAUGGGCCUGGCCAAGUUAAAUCGCUUUCACUGGCAUAUAACAGAUGCCCAAAGUUUCCCGUAUAUUUCACGAAACUAUCCUGAACUGGCAGAGCACGGUGCGUACUCUGAGAGCGAAACAUACAGUGAACAGGAUGUGCGCGAGGUCACCGAGUUCGCCAAGAUUUUUGGCGUACAAGUACUUUUGGAAGUCGAUGCGCCUGCGCAUGCAGGAAAUGGCUGGGACUGGGGACCUAAGCGUGGCCUUGGCGAACUGUCGCUGUGCAUCAAUCAGCAGCCUUGGAGUUUUUAUUGUGGCGAACCGCCUUGCGGCCAGUUGAAUCCGAAGAAUAACCACACCUACCUCAUACUGCAGCGCCUGUACGAAGAGUUUCUAAAGCUGACCGGGCCCACGGAUAUAUUUCACCUAGGCGGUGAUGAAGUGAAUCUCGAUUGCUGGGCGCAGUACUUCAAUGACACGGAUCUUCGCGGCCUGUGGUGCGACUUCAUGCUACAAUCUAAUGCAAGACUGAAGCUGGCCAAUGGCAAUGAAGCGCUCAGGCACGUUGUUGUCUGGUCCAGUGCGCUGACAAACACCAAGUGUCUUCCAAACAGUCAAUUUGUGGUGCAGGUCUGGGGUGGGAGUACCUGGCAGGAAAACUAUGACCUCCUGGACAAUGGCUACAAUGUUAUAUUUUCGCAUGUGGAUGCUUGGUAUUUGGAUUGUGGAUUUGGCAGCUGGCGUGCAACAGGUGAUGCCGCCUGUUCGCCUUACCGCACUUGGCAGAAUGUGUACAAGCAUCGUCCUUGGGAACGCAUGCGACUAGAUAAUAAGCGGCGAAAACAGGUGCUGGGAGGUGAGGCCUGCUUAUGGACAGAACAAGUGGACGAAAAUCAAUUGGACAAUCGAUUGUGGCCCCGUGCGGCAGCGCUGGCCGAACGCCUGUGGUCGGAUCCAAAUGAUGAUCAUGACUUUGACAUUGUACCACCAGAAGUAUUUCGACGAAUCUCAUUGUUUAGAAAUCGCCUGGUAGAGUUGGGCAUCAAAGCCGAGGCGCUGUUUCCCAAGUACUGUGUACAGAAUCCCGGCGAGUGCAUUUGAUAUUAUCUAUAAGACAAGAGGCGCAACUCCCGCUCCCACUCUGUGCGUUAAUUAGUUUAUAGUGUAAUUGUUAUUUUUAAUUAUCGCAAUACAUAUUAAGCGUUAAGCGUCCACUAAAACAAUGCAAAAGAAAGCAAAAUAAGCUAACGAGGCGACUUUUUCAAAGACAUUUUGCGACCAAGUGGUUUCCGGCAGAUCAGCCAUGCGUAAUCACGAAUUUCAUUAUUUAAUUUUAAUUUAAUUUUUAUUUAAUUAUCUCAAACAUACGCACACACAUAAAUCACAUACGUAAAUACCCAAA